GUCUCUAGGCGCCUUGAUAAUUCGAGUCAGCCUCUUUUUUUAUUUCUUCACCGUAGCGAGGCUAGGAUAGCACCUGACUCAUUCGACGAGUCGACGAAGAAUCUCCAGAUUUUAGGAGCAAUUAUUUGGAAGGAUCUCAUAAACAUAUUGUUCAUCAUGACUGAACAGUGUAAACUUCCUCUACGAAUCAUCACCUACCUAGUCCCCGGAUUGAGUGUAGAACUUUUUGAGAGUAUAUCCCAAUAUCUGGAAUCCUCUCUAGGCAAAGAGACCAUGCUCUUUUAUGAAUCCAGAUUCGAUGGUCCACAAUCAGACCGAAUUGAUCCAUUUGAAACCAAAGUUGCAGAUUUAGCAUUUAUUACGGGAGCAGCAUAUCAAAAGCUUAUUAAAGAAGAUAAUAAAAAUUGGGAACUUCUACCAGUCGGAGGUGUUUACCCCCAUCUCACCAAAGGUGAAUCUGCAGGAUACUAUGCAGAUAUAAUCAUCCACAAAAAUUCAAAAGAAAGAACCAAGGAUUUUCUAGAUUUACGUGGGGCAAACUGGGCUACCAACAACCCCUGCUCAACAAGUGGUCACUUUGUUAUGCUUAAAGCCCUUAAAGAAUAUGGGGAAAAUCCAUCCUUCUUUGGAAGUGUUCUUAACUCUGGGUCGCACUUGAACUCCAUUCAUAUGGUCGCCUCGCGUAAAGCGGAUGUGGCGUCAGUAGAUUCAAAUGUGUUGGCAUUUGCGAUGGCAAAGAAUCCUGCCCUUGCCCAUGAUCUUCACAUAUUUACAUCAAUUGGCCCGCUUCCACCCUAUCCUAUCAUGAUUCGCUCAUCGAUGGCAGUCGAACAAAAGAAUGGAAUCUGUGAUGCUCUUCUGCAGUUGGAGAACGUAGUUCCAUGGAAUAAACUGUGUGCGGAUCUCAGGCUGUUGCGCUUUGUCAAGAUUGACAAGGAUAUUUAUUUGGAGGACCGCGAAUCGCGCGAUGCACUUGUCAACUUAUCGGCCUCUGUUCGCUACUAUUAGAGGACUCCAUAGUUGUAGAAUGGAGGCUCAUCGAUAUGUCCUUCCCACUACAUUUCCAUGAUUAUCCAAAUAUCCAUUUUCAAUGCGAAAUUACAGCUCAUCAAAUUUACUGGAGUUAAGAGCUUCUAGAUAUGAGAAAAA